UAGCUCGCGCGCAACAGUUUGCGUCGCUAGUGCGCGCGCGCCGGCAGUCGAAGCGUAGUCGCAGGUCUCGCGAGUUGUGAUCGAGUUCCAAGUCGCGCGCCGCGACUAAACCCGCACCAUGUGAUGUGAAGGACUUUAUCAAUUAAAACAGACAUGUGUUGCUUUGUUAUGGAUAAUUGUGAACAAAAUAGUUCUUAAAUUCAGUGCAGUGCAUAAUAAGGACGAGGAAUAAACGACGGGUAUGAUAGUAAUGAUACUGUCGUGUGUUGACGUCAUAAGUGCAGUGUGAGUGGGAGAGCAUAUGGGGCAAUGCGUGUCCCGGACGCACCCGGGCUCGUACGCCUUCUCCCGGCAUUACGACGCGGAGAGCGUCGCCAGCAGCGUCAGCGGGUACCGGGUUAAGAAGGGUCACUCUGAGUCGAAGGGUGCGAAGAAACGGGACAAGAGCGUCGGCAACGGGAACAAGCCGUCGCGGGGCGUCGCCACCUCCUUCGGGUUCCGCCGGCGGCCCGCCUCCACCUCUCGCGCCGACGACAACGCGCGCCGCAGGAAGCCAAGCGACAACAACGGCAAUGGAGCAGGGUCGUCGGAGGACCUUCGUGCAGAGGAGGUACUGUCGGGCAGGUCGACUCCGCUCGCGCGCCCGCGCAAGGAGACCGCCGCGCAACCGCUCCGAACCAACAGGUUUGGUUUCAGGCAGCCGCACAGCAAGACUGCGCGCGUGGGCGACGUGAGCGCGACAGCAGAGCCUGCCUUCACCACCGGCAAGGAGAAGGAAACCGCCAUAAACAAUAACGCUUUAGAUAAGAAAAGUACAAAUCCACAGUACAACAACCAGUUGGGUCUAACAGCUACCCAGGUGUCAUCCACGGGUAGUGCCACCGUGGUGGGAGCCUCAGGGGUCCCCAAGACCGUCACCAAGCAGACAGUCAUCCUCACUUACCAGCCACAACAGUACGCUGUACAGCCGGAUGUCAGACCGAAGGCCGGCAGCCAGGUCCGCGGCACAUCAGCCACGCGGGUGCCCAGCGAAAUCCAGAAGCCUCCUGGGAAGUAUACCUUCCAGACCAACCAGCUGCCGCGGCCGCAGUACCCAUCUGUCAAGAAUAUUGACGCUAAAACUGCUAAACAGGUGGUGAACAAUACCAGGAAAGCUGUCGGUUCCGAUGGUUGGAGGGAAGGAGCAGGGUCCGCAGUAUCGACCGACUCGGGCGUGUGGACAGGCGGGGAGGCCGGCGAGGGAUCCCCACGUUCGCGCCGACGCCCGCGCAACCUCGAGAUGGUCAUGCGUGGCACGCACUCCUUCCACCUGAGGGAACUGCAAGUUGCAGACUUGGAUAUUAUGGAUGAAGCAGUAGUAACAGGCCAUGCAGUGAUACCCCUGCCGAAGCUACCGAGCUCAUUCGACGAGCAGCCGUCUCCGGAGUACGACCCCCCUGUGCCCACCUACCGAGCCCCUUCUCCCAUCCUCCCCAAGCCUACUCCAGUGGAACAACCCCGUCAGUCACCUAUGUCCACCCUGGAACGAUACCGCACUAGAACUAGGCCCAGUAGGAUUCAAACCAGCUUGGAGUAUAAAGACGAAGAGAAGUUCGUCUUGGAUAGAGCGCAGCCUGAGUUAUUGAACAAACAGAAUUCGUUCAUCAAGUCAUCGAGCGGCGUGAUGUCUCCGGCCACAGUGAGCUCCAGUAAGGAGUCAAGUCCGUCGUGCAAGAGCGAGGAGAGCCACUUUGGCAACAGCAGCGCCUGGCAGAGCCACGCGGCUGGGGAAGCUAUGGCUACCAGGUCCCAAGACGACGUCUCCCUCGCUCUAAGUGUGUCCAGCUGCGAGGAUGAGAAGUCGAAGAUGGACAGCAAGGAGAACCAGAAGCCUCCCCUAGUGGAGAUUCCGAAGGCGGUGGAGGUGCCCAAGAAGACUAUCGUUAUCCUAGACGAGCCUCCCGUGCCACACCCGCUACUCAUGAAGUCUCUUACAUUAAGCCAGCAUGAUUCUUUACGUGGAACUAUGAUGGGGUCAAUGACCAGCUCCAACUACAGCACAACGAGUACCUGCACCAACCAAAGCGGCGAUCACCACAACCUGACUUUAACCCUCGAGGAGUCUAAGUUUGACAUGUCAGCCCUCGAAACCUCCACUCAGAGUCUUCUAGAUGACGAAACCUCGCCAGCAGACAGCCUCAUAUCUUCCACCAGCACCAGUGACUCGAAUAAUGACCUACAUGUGGAAAGGGAGCCAACUGUCUCCAGCUCAGCAUAUCAAACUGCAAAUACUAAGACCCGUUCGCCAGAACCUGAAGAUCGGGUUGACGGCGAGAUUUUGCAGCCUGUGAAGGAAAUUAUUGAAAUCCGCAGUGUGGCCGACAAUGGUGAAGCCAGCAAGAACCUAACCCCAGACUCCCCGGGCACCCCCACACACGCCUCCGGAGAGCUGUCACUCUCCGACGGGAAAGAUUUCUUCGAUGACGAGAUUGCUGAUCAGCCUGCCUUGCUGUUCCGAAAAAAUACAGACGGUAAUUCAGCCAACAAGACUUUGGAGUCAGAAGGCGGUAAGCAGAUAAGGAGGUCCAGGGAACGCAUCCCUGCAAGCCCACUAGUUCAAAGGAAUCGUAAAUUAUGCGGUCGAGGAGCGGAGCGAACAGCCUCUCUGGAUACACUGUCGAGCCUGGCUUCCGAUGACCUGAUGAUGGACAAUGAUCUGGCGCAAUCCAUCACUUCGCUACAGAGUGUUGAUGAUUACAUCGAGAGUGUUGUGGUGUUCAGGCUGGACAGUUCACUGCGCAGCGGCCUCAACUCGCUGGAUGAGAGACAACUGCGACAGGAGUUGUCUUCGUCCAAGUCUGCAGUGCGGCAGUGGAGCCAGCUGCUGGAGCAGAGCAACAUGCUGGAUCGACAGCUGGCUGCCAUCGCCACUGGCAAGGCUACGGAGUCGCUCAGCACUAGUACUACUAGUCUUAACAACAUCGGGGCAAGCCUGCCAGUGCGCACAGCACGACUGCUGCAGCGGUCGCGCGCGCAGACGCCAUCGGAAGCAGGCGUCAGCGACGGGAGCGCGUCGCCUGCGCCGGCGCCCGCCUCGCUGCUUCAAGACGUGGUCGACAUCAAGACCCUGCUGUUACAACUCAAGCGGGUCUUGCAGGAGCCGGGGGAUGAGCAUCAUUCGAUGAGUAGUGAAACUCUCGACCCGUUGCUAGCGGCGUGCGCGGAGUCCCCCGCGCGCGGCAACGGGCGCCGGCCCCCCGCCUCGCCGCUGCACCCCGACGCCUGCGCUGAGAUGCGCCGACAGAUACUCUACCUGCAGAGUCAGCUAGAGGAACGGGACAGGUUAGUGCGCGUGUUGCAGCAACAAAUGCUGCGCAUGGCUGAGACGCACGAGCCGCGCAACGACGACACCUGCAACAGAGCCACGCAGACGGAUCGGUUGCGGCCACCGAUGAGCACCGCGUUAACAAGUUCUGAAAAUUCCGGAUUAGUGAGUUGGAAUGAACAAGCUAGCGGGAGGAAGCUGCCGUUAUACAGUGAAGCACAAAAGACUAGACGGCCAGUGAACGGGACCGUAAACAAAGUAUGUCAGUGCGGGGGGAGGAGAGUGAACGGGGCGAGUGAGGAGGAGAGGCGCGAGUCCGUGCAGCUGAGGAGCAGCUGCCGCGUCGGGAACAAGUACCUGCAGGCUCUCGCCGCGCAGCCGACGCAACCAGCUGCAGAACCCCGUCGCUACAUCAAGCGCGACUCCUCUGUCGGCGAGAAGUCCGACCGCCGCCCCACGCUCUACUCCGCCCGAUCCCGCUCCAUAGAAAACUUCCAAAACCAAUCCUACUCCAUCACCGAACCUCUGCUCGCCAAAAACGCGGUCAUCGAAGAGACGACCCUCAAACACCACACCUCCUACGGAGACCUCUAUAACGGUAGAAUUAGCAGCAAAGAGAGCGUCAACGGCAAUAGACAUAGUCCGAGUUUGAACGGUCAGUCCACCGACACGGACUACAGCUCCGACGGAGGGUACAAGUCGUUGCCCUCCUCUAUCAAUUGUAACGGAUAUUCCCCUAAGAAGGUGAGUGGCAUCCCGCGACGGUCCAUCGAACAAAAAUUCAUAUCCACUAAGCACGUAAAAGCGAGCGCCCUUUGAACGCACACUGUUAAACGCUCCCUGCCGAGCUUGUUGCGAUUGUGAUAUUUAUGAUCGGUUCAUUAGGUAGACCUUGCUAGACGUGAGACUGUGACGAUGUAACUAUAAUCGGUAUACAGAUCUACCAUAUCGACUCUGAUAGAUCUUGGAUAAUGCUUGCCAGGAAAACAAUUGUAAAAUUUUUAAGUUUGCUUAAGCACCUUUGCCAAAUGAAGGCAAGGUCUACCUUUUGAAGCGGCAGCUCGCUGUAGCGUGCAGUGCCAUCUAGCGCCACCUGGCUGUGUCGCCGUGUGGCGGUGUCACGCGUGUGGACGAAGCAGAGCAACGCUUGUUCGCAUUUAUUGUUUCCACUCAUACGAGGCUAAGUAUUUAAGCUACCUUUAGUUGUUGGAUGCCAAAUUAUAUUCGGUGUAAUUAUUAUCAAUAUUAUAUGUAAACUCGUCUUGUUUGACUUGAAAUGUUUCGUUUCGUAACCGGUUGCUUAGUGCAUUUUUUUGUUUUCCGAGCUAAACUUGACCUUUGUAUGAUACAUGUAGUGGAGUCUAUGAGGACCUAAUUUAAUAGAUUUAAUUUACAAAUUUGUAUACAGGCGAUAACUGUUAUCUUAGAUUUUCUAUGGUAAACAAACUAGUAGAUAAAGCUGUAAUAUGUGAUAAGAGUGGCUGUAAGAACUUGUUUAAUUUUUACUUUUCCUGUUGUUAAUCGAUCGGUAAUUAGCUACUAUUUAUUAUGAUAUAAUUAUCUAAUGAUAUCAUUAUUCAAUUAUACCUUUACUUGUCUAUUAAAAAUAAUAAUUUAUUUGCUGUGUAAUGUUUAGAAAUUGAACAGGAGUAGGUAUCAGAUAGGUACAAAUAUAGCUUAAAGGCAUUCGUUGUAUUUUAAUCACAGGUGUCAUUUGUAAAAGCAUUUCGGGUCAAUGUUAAUGUAAUUAAACGUAUUUAGCCCUUGAGAAUAGUUGAACUUUAUCUUCCGGAAGCAUAAUAUUUAAGUACCUAUUGUAUUGAUACCUAGAAUAUGAUAACUGUAUCUAUUAUUAUACCUACAUAAUUCUGUCUACUUAUGGCUAUCAUCUAUUCAUUAUAUUGCGCUUUCCUACGUUAGUUAUGUAACUAUAAGCCCAUUAAAGUUAGUAAAAACUAUAUUUAAUUUAAAAUUGAAGUUGUUUUAAUAAAUAAUUUUAAUUUUGA